GUCGCUGCAGCCUCCUCCUCCCGGUUCGUCGCCAUGGUGCAGAUGAUGGAGUCUCAGUGUGAGUAUUUCAUGUAUUUCCCGGCGGUCCCCAUCACGGAUCUGUCGGACCCCGCUCGGUACCGGAGCCUGCCCCGCAGGAGUCACCUCUACCUGGGAGAGACGGUCCGGUUCCUGCUGGUGCUGCGCUGCAGAGACGGAGGAGCGACACCCACCGAGACGGAGCACGGCCCCGCAGGGGGCACUGCUGGCUCUGCUGCAGGUUUUGGGACUGAGUCAGCUAGCAGCCGUGCGUGGAGGGAACUGGCAGGCUCAUUGUGCGCCGUGGCGAGCGUGAGUCCAGGCGAGAGCAGCCGCCAUCGGAGCAACCACCACCAGCACUACCACGACUACCAGAGCAGCGGGGACGAGGCCAACGAGGACGGCGAGGAGGACUACAUCGCUGCAGCGGAGGCGGCCAUCGCUGCGCUCGGCAGCAGGGUGGACUCCAGGUGUCGGAGCUUCAGGGACUGCAAACCGCUGCUCAUCCAUAACUCCUCUGGGACGGCGAGCAGGGAGUUCCGCAGGGCGCCUGUUCAGUCUCCUCUGGACGAGCCCGUGGUUCUGACUGAUGAGGUGAUCUUUCCACUCACCGUCUCUCUGGACAAACUCCCCGUCAGCACCCUGAAAGUCAAGGUGAUGGUCACGGUCUGGAAGAAGGAGGCGGAGAAAGCCGAGGUGCAGGAACUCGGAUACCUGAGCGUCCUGCAGCAGCGAGAGCCGACGCACACCUUCAGACACGACCUGAACACCUUCAAGGCUCAAGUGAGCACCACGCUGACCGUCCUGCCGCCUCCCACUGUCCGCUGUAAACAGAUGACCGUCUCUGGGAGGCACCUCGCCGUCCUCAAAGUGCUGAACGAGUCGUCUCAGGAGGAGGUGAGUAUUCGGGACGUUCGGAUUUUACCCAAUCUCAACGCCUCCUACCUUCCCAUGAUGCCGGACGGCUCUGUGCUGCUGGUCGAUAACGUGUGCCAUCAGUCCGGUGAAGUCGGCAUGGCGUCGUACUGCAGGGUGGACAGCCUGGCCUGCCGCCUUCCCAGCAUGCUCAGCGCUCUGGAAGAGCACGACUUCCUGUUCCAACUGCACCUCAACGACAUGCCGCAGGACGACUCCAACGAGGGGAUGGAGGUUCCUCUGGUUGCCGUGCUGCAGUGGUCGACUCCCAAGAUGCCUUUCACCAACUGUAUCUACACCCACUACAGGUUGCCUAGUAUUCGCCUGGACCGUCCACGGUUUGUCAUGACGGCGAGCUGUCCAAGCACGGUGAAGGUGAAGGAACACUUUAAGGUCAAAUACGUCCUGUUGAACAACUUGCAGGACUUCCUGGCUGUUCGGCUCGUCUGGACUCCAGAGGGUCGUGGUCAUGGUGAGGAUGCGGCACUGUCAGCGGUGGUCUGUCACACGCCCCUCAGUAACCUCGGUCACUGCAGGAAAGGAAGCACGCUGUCGUUCAGCGUGGCCUUCCAGAUUCUCAAACCAGGACUGUACGAGCUGAGUCAGCACAUGAAGCUGAAGCUCCAGUUCACGGCCUCGGUGUCCAACCCGCCGCCUGAUGCUCGGCCGCUGUCACGUAAAAACAGUCCGUCCAGUCCGGCGGUCCGAGACCUGCUGGACCGACAUCAGGCCAGUCUGGGUCGGUCCCAGUCCUUCUCCCAUCAGCAGCCGUCUCGCUCCCACAUCAUGAGGACGGGCAGCGCCAUGGAGCGGCGGGCCAUCACCCCUCCCGUCGGCUCUCCGGUGGGUCGGCCGCUCUAUUUGCCGCCGCAGGACAAAACCCUGCUGUCGCUGGACAAGAUCGCGAAGAGGGAGUGCAAAGUGCUGGUGGUUGAUCCUGUCAGCUAGGAGGAGGAGGCAGCCAACCAAAGCACCAAAUCUGGAGGUGAACCCUCAGUAAACUUCACCGUGUUUCAGAGAAGAGUGUCGUCUGCAUAGAGGAGGAUUCUGAGCCUGAAGUCGGCACUUUGACUGAAUUUCUUCAAGUAUUAGUGCUCUCACAAAACCAGAAUUUUAAAAUCAGUCUGAUUCUCACAUAAAUACAUCAAUACUGAUUUGAUUCAAGACGCCACAGCAGCAAAAGUAGAAGUCCAAGACUCCUCAUUUUAGUGAAUUUUCUGCUUUAAAUGACCAAAAACUUCACAUGCACCUUUUGAAUUGCUCAAACACAUCUGCAGCGUUGCCAAUAUUCCAGGGAAUUUUCACAGGAAAUGUAGGUGAACCACAUGCCUAAAGAACAGUUCCUCAAAUUUUCAGUGCUUUUUUGUUGCUAUUGAUCUUAAGGUAUUGAAAAAAUAUGAGAGCCUUAUUUAUUUAUUUAUUCAUUUAUUUAUGUUAAAAUACUUUUGUAUUAUUCUAAGUUAAAGUUUGUAAAAACCUGCAGAAAAAUUAAAGAAGUUUCUGAAUUUUUUUAUUUCAGUAUUAAUGCCUGUCAGUAUCUACAGGACUCAU